AUGCGAUUACUUUGCGUUACUCUUCUUUUCUUUCAAAUGAAAGUACUCAUGGCCUUCCCUAAAAGGGAUGGUGCAGAAAUUCAAUUCAAUGCCACCCUCGUCCAAACGCCUUUUCCAAAAUGGCUCACUUCUUUUACUGGAUUAACCCAAUGGCCAGGUUUGGAUCCACCAUAUAUCCCACUGGAUUUCAUAGACAUGAGUAAGAUUCCUCCAUAUAAACAGUAUCCUUCAGGAGUUUGUAACGCUAACCCUCCUGAAGCUUGUGCUUUCGAUUGUGACGGAUGUACAGCACAUGACGAUGUGAAGACCUGUUCAAAACUAUCCCAAACGUUUGAUGAUGGACCAUCCUUUGCCACCCAAAAGCUUCUCGAUACAUUGAAACAUAAGGCAACUUUUUUCAAUUUGGGCUUUAAUAUUGUUAACAAUCCAGACAUGUACCGUAAAGUUCUAGAAAAGGGACAUUUAAUUGGUACCCACACUUGGUCACAUCCAUACUUGCCCAGUUUAAGUAAUGAGAAAAUAAUUGCCCAAAUUGAAUGGUCUAUUUGGGCAAUGAAUGCUACUGGUAAUCAUACGCCCAAGUGGUUCAGACCACCUUAUGGAGGAAUAGAUAACAGGGUAAGAGCGAUCACUAGACAGUUUGGUCUUCAAGCAGUCUUAUGGGAUCAUGAUACCUUUGACUGGCAACUUGUAACUCCCGACAAUACUCUUCCGCCCAGAUCUGAGCAACAGAUCUAUCUCGAUGUGAAAAAAUGGAAGCAGGAGGGCAAAGGUUUGAUUUUAGAGCAUGAUGGAUCACAGCGCACCGUAGAUGUCGGGGUAAAUGUCUAUCACCUUCUUGGUGAAGAUCAACUAAAUGUAGCCCAAUGCGUUGGUGGCAUCGACUACAUAAGAAAAUUCUAG